CGUCCGAUCUGCGAAGUUAAGCAAGGUACCGUCCAGUCAGUACUGCGGUGGGGGAUUCUCUUCUCCUUUUGCUACCCAAAUGGUUGCCUGAUUGCUACUGCUUUUCACUACGAUGGCUUUGCUUUGCGGUGUCCAGCAGCCCGAUCGCUGAGCACGAAGCAAUUCGACGGAGAUGCGAGGCGCGAUUCGCGAAUUCCGCUGUGGUGGGAACCGUCUUUUGGCUCGUUUGAGUCGGCCUUUGCCCUUUCCCAGGACCCAUGACCAAUGACCAGGCUGGAAGCAAUCGUACGUCCUGUGGGACGAAAGAAUUCUACUAGGCAGGAAAUCUACUUUGUCCUUUCACUUCAAUCUACAGUAUCCUUUGAUAAGAAGCUGGUCUUCGCCUCUCGUUCACGACUUUGAGAUAAGAAUCGCCUGCCCCGGAUGCAGUAUAUCACCCAUUUCACGGUGCUGGUGUUUGUCACUGGGCUGGUGUCGAGUCUGAUGGGUGCAUCGGCCGCACCCUCAAGGCUCGACGAUCGCACACUGCGACCGCAGGCUGUACUUCAGGAGCCUAAUAAGCCGAUAGCGGACAUCACUGCUCCAUACCUACAGAGGUCUGUAGGCACGCCAUUCUUUGACGAGAAGCCUCUGCUGAUACGAAGCUGGUCAUCAGAUCUCGAUGCCCGAGUUCAAGAAUCGCAGCGCCCUCCCCCUAUUCUGGUGCCACCGAAAAAGAGGCCAUCCUUACGAAGCCCAGUCACCCCUGAUAACAAGCCCAAGUUCAAGUCUCUGGCGAAGAUCUACAAGAAGACUGCAAACGUCCUUACUUGCCAAGUUCCGAGCCCUACGACGUCCACACCAGGAGCGUCUUCGGCUUCGUCCUCCAAGUACCCUCCUCCCCCUCCCAACUCUUCGCGCGAGUACAAGUACGGCAAGCUGGUCUCUGGGGGAAACAAGAAGUGGCUGAGCCUGAUCCGUUCAAAGUGCAAUGCAGUGCGCUACAACGUUCGCUGGAAGAAGGGUGGAUCGUAAAGGAGCCAUGGGAAUGGCCCAUGAGUUGCCAUGGCAAAGAUUUAGGAUGUGCAGUUGUCUUUGCUUCGCUGUAUGACGCCCCAAUACUACGAUCGAAAUCCUUCGGCAAAGUUUAC